AUGGCUUAAAAAUUAUUAAAAGAAUCUAUUAAUAUUUGCCCAGAAAACAUUCUUUGUACUAAUAACGAAUGUUCUCUAAUACAUCCAAGAUGCUUUGCUGGAGUUUGUAUUAACUUCUUAAAUGGAAAAUGUAAAAAUGAUAGUUGUCCUUAAAAUUUGCUUCAUAUGAAUAAAACAGAUUUAAAGAAAGAGCUAGGAUAAAGCACAAUUAACGGAGUUUUUAUGAUAAAUAUAUGCCCUAAAAUUGAUUGCUAAAAUAAAAACCAAAAAUGUUACUAUCUUCACAAGGAUUGGAUAAUUAAGUAAAACAUUUGUUUAAAAUAUUUUAACGACUAAUGUGAAGAUUAAUGUACAUAAAAAUAAAAACACAUUAAUUGGGAGGAUUUGCAAAGUAAAGUUUAAAAAGAAUAUGAAUUUAAAAAUUUAAACCCUGAAUCAAUAACAGAUAUUGAGAAAAAAUAUAUUGGUUUUGAAUAAUUUUGCCUGAAAAAUUUCAAAGGAACCUGUGAUUCUAAAGGAAAAUGCCCAAAAUUUCACAUAGACUGGGAGUAGGUUAGCCACGUCUCUGCUGAUUAAUUUGAAAAAAAGAAAUUGGCUCCAUGCACUCGCAGUUCAAAGCCACAAAUUUAAAGAAUGGAUUCCAAAUCAUUUAAAAAGCUUGAAAUAUUGUUUGAAAAAUCCAAAAUUGAAAAAUUACAUUUAAAUAUAAAAGAAAGAAACAUGUUAGAUGUUUUAUUUAUCAUGGAUUGUACUGGCAGCAUGUAAAAAUGGAUUGAUUAGGCAAAAGAAAGUAUAUCUUCAAUAAUUGAUAAUUUUAACUAAGCUGUUUAAUCAACUCAAAUUAGAAUAGCUUUCGUUGGAUAUAGAGAUUUUAGUGAUUCAAAACCUAUAGAAUACCAUGAUUUUACUACAGAUAUUGAAUUAAUUACAUAGUUUAUUAGCACUCUCAAAGCCACAGGAGGAGGAGAUGAAGCUGAAGAUGUAGCAGGUGGAAUUGAAUAAGCCCUAAAGUUGAAUUUUUCAAAACACCAUUUAAGCAUACUUUGUACAUUUUUGAUAAGUGAUGCUCCUACUCAUGGCAAAUAAUACCAUGAUAUUCAAGGAGAUGAUUAUAAAGAUAAAAUUUAAAGUGAAUCACUAGAAAAACUUAUGAGAGAUUUAGAUGACAAAAAAAGCCCAAACAAUUACUUCUUUUGCUGUAAGCUGAAUGAUACAACAGAUAAGAUGUAUAAAAUUAUGAAACAAAAUUUCAAAAAUCUUGAGAUUAGUGAAUUAAACUCAAAAGAUUUUGCUUAAUAUGUCUCUUUUUCAAUGAAAUUGUCCUACACUAAAUCAACCAUUUAGUUACAUAAACAAAUUUAAUCUAAAACAAAAAGAUUCCAAGCAAGCUUUGUCUAGCAUAAAGCUCUUGAACCUGUGGAAUGCAAUAGUAAAAAUGAUAUAAAUUAUUUUACCAAUUUUUUAACUUAAAUGGGGAAAAAUUAAGUUGGAGGGGAUACUAUUUUAGAAAUAGAUUUGAAUUAAAAAUAAUUGAACUUUAAUGAGUAAGGAAAGGUUUCAUUUGUUUUCGAAGCAUUUGAUAUUAGAAAUAAUUUAAAAAUAAUAAUUAAAGUACCAAAAGAAAUUGUUGAACUUUCUAAAAAGGGAUAACUUGACGAAAAUAUAUUAAAAAAUGCUUAAAGAUCCUCCUUCAUCAGAUACAAUUAAACUUUGGUAGCUAAGCAAUUAAGUGCAGCAUAUCGAAAUUCCACUAAGCAAAACAAUAAAGCUCCUCCUAUAUACUAUGUGACACCUAUUAAAUACACUCUUUGCAAUGAUUUCUUUGGAUUAAUGGAGUUGUAUGCUGAGACUUAUAUAGAUAUUGAAGGCCCUUGGGAGAAGAUUACCAAUAAUACAGAUUAUAUUGAUAAAGAAAAGCAAAGCUACUCUGCUUUUAGUCAUUUUACUUAUCAUUACACAAAUAAAAGUUUAGUGAUUACUGAUUUGUAAGGAAAAUAAGGAGUACUCUCAGAUCCAUGUAUCCAUACCAAAAUGAAUAUUGAAUAUUUAUAAGAUGAUUUAAAUUUAGGGGAAGAAGGAAUAUUAACGUUUUUUAAAAAUUAACACAGUUAGUGCAAUGAAAUUUGUGAAAAAUUGUAUUUAUUUAGAAAUUCCGAUUUGUAAUGUGUUCCAAUGGAUAGAACCUUUCUAUAAAUUAAUAAACCUGAAUUUUAAAGUGUGUUUGCAGUUUGCGUAAUUUGUGGAGACAUCUUCAAAACCACUUAUGAAGAUUAUCAAAAAAAUUCUGAUAACUCAGAUACUUGCCUGAAUUGCAUGUAAGUAAAUGAAUUUACUGAAAUUUGUGAAUGUUGCGGAAAUGAUUUUAAGUUUGAUUUGAAUAGAGUGCUAAAAUAGGCUUUAGAUCUGAAAGUAUGCGGAGACUGUUAAAAAAAAUGUUCACAUAUAUAAUGUUGUGAUUGUGCUUAGCUUUUACAAAAGUAAAUUACUUUUUGUAAUUAAUGUGAAAAAAAGGAGCAAUGUUACUACUGCUAAUCAAAAUGUACAAAACGAAACAUAAAACAAAAAGUUUAUGCUGCAGAUGGGGAAUCAAAAUACCUUUGUGAAGAGGCUUGCAACUUUUUUGAAAACCUCUAUUGUUCCAAAUGCUUGUAAACCUUUUCAUAUCUAAAAUGGCCCUCUUUGAAAGAUUAUGCAAAAGGAGAAUAUCUUUGCAAAUAAUGCUAGAAAAAUUGA